AUGUCAACUACAAUAGCCUCAGAGUACGCCAACGAAGUUAAAAACGUACCCAUCGAACAUCAAUUCAACCCAUAUUCUGAUAACGGAGGCACAAUUCUGGGGAUUGCAGGUGAGGAUUUCGCAGUUCUGGCAGGAGACACAAGACACACAACCGACUACUCGAUUAACUCGAGGUACGAGCCCAAAGUUUUCGAAUGUGGCGACAACAUCCUGAUCUCUGCAAACGGGUUUGCAGCGGACGGUACAGCACUGGUAAAAAGGUUCCAGAAUAGUCUGAAAUGGUACCAUUUUGACCACAAUGACAAGAAAAUGUCCAUGAAGUCUGCAGCCAGAAACAUACAGCAUCUGCUGUACGGGAAACGAUUUUUCCCCUACUAUGUGCACACCAUCAUUGCUGGGUUAGACGAAGAGGGCAAGGGUGCGGUGUACUCGUUCGAUCCCGUGGGCUCGUACGAGCGGGAGCAGUGUCGUGCCGGUGGGGCUGCAGCCUCGCUGAUAAUGCCCUUUUUGGAUAACCAAGUCAACUUUAAAAACCAAUACGAGCCCGAAAGCAACGGUACCAAGCGUAGGCCCAUCGAGUUUCUGUCUGUGGAGGAAGUGGUGCAGCUGGUAAGAGACGCGUUUUCGUCUGCGACGGAACGACACAUCCACGUAGGUGACGGUGUUGAGAUCCUCAUAGUCACGAAGGAGGGCGUCCGCACCGAGUAUUUUGAGCUAAAGAAAGAUUAA